GCAGAAACUGCGCAUGUUAUCAUCCUCUCAGUGCGUUAUUAUUUUACGCUAAGGUGCUCAGCAGCAGGAACAGCAGGAGGUAAUUUUCUCGUGUAUGAUGUUAUUGGUACCGCGUUUGUCGUCGGACGCCGGUAAUCUGCAGCGAGCCUUGAAACAAGACAAAUCUCAGAACGAGUGUAUAAGUGACAGUAUGUCGUGCAGGUAGAAACAACUAAGGAAGUUUCGAUCUACCCGUACGUGUGUUGUUGUUGUUGUUGUUGUUGUUGUUAUUCGAAUUCGAAUCCGGUGCAACGGUUUUUUCCUUCGCGAUGAUCACGUGCCGCGUGCAGCCGAAUGCGCUGCAGUGAUCGAUCAACGGUUCGAAACUUGAUGGUUUAUAACCUGUGCGCGUGCGGUUGUGAUUCUCGAAUAUCGAAGUCCUGCCCUGCGGCUACCGGUGUCCACUAGCCGUAAUAAAUUUCGUCCGUUUGUGAAAGCUUGAGAAACGUUUUCGGUCGCUAAAAUAGAACAGCUUAUCGCGACAUGUCGGUGUCCGUUUAUUCAAAAAGCUGAUACAGGUGCAGCGGAUACCACAAGAUAACGACGAGGUCAGAUUUGCGGUUAGGUGACGACGCUUAUCAUGGACACGGGGGAUGGAAAUCCGGAUCCUACCUGCUUCGGCAGCGGCAGCAUUGCCGGGGCUGUUAUCGGCACUUUCUUAACAACGAUCUUACUCUUGGCCGUUGCUGCCUUGUUCUACAGGCAGUGGAGGAGACACAAGGGUAAACACCUAGUGCUGGUGACGGAUCCGGAGAUCGUCGAAGACGCUUACGCGUUCGAUAAUCCCUGUUUCAAAGAUGCGGCAACUCCAGCUGCAAUCACAAGGACCAUCGAGCGUCCGAUGUCAGCAGCGUCAGCAGUAUCCGUGGAGACCCCCGUGAAGGACGCAACCCGAUGGUCAACGUCCUGGUCUUCCCUAGGUCUGGGUUCUGCAGUUAGGAACGACAAACGACGCACCUUGGACGAUUCGUGCCUCGGGCCAAAAGCAAUGCGUGUAAGCCUUGUGAGUCUUAGGAGCCGGGACUUUACGGGACUCGGGUUCAAUGUGUGCGGGAACAUGCGAGAGGGCAUCUUCGUCAAAGAUCUUCUGAACCGCGGUCCGGCCUCGGAAUCUGGUCGAAUUCAUCCUGGCGACCGAAUCGCCAGUGUUAAGAUCAGCUUCAGAAACAUGGUCUAUGAGGAUGCCCUGACUAUCCUGAGCUACGCAUCACCGUACGACGUUGAAUUGGAGGUGGAAAAUGGAGGUCCAGGUUCAAAGCCUACUACGCUCCUGAAAAAGAGCGUAAGCCAAAGCCCUAUGAGGAUUUGUCAUCCUCUCUACAGAAGCCAGUCGAUUCCAGAAUUGACUCCAUCUAACAAAAGCACAGCCAAGAGGCUGUUCACCGCAGAUCUUAGCGACACGUUAGGCUCGAGUUACUCUACCAUGAAUUCAACUAUGAAGUCUUCCAAGUCAGCGACGGGCAAUCAGUCUCUGGAGAGGCGUUCGGUGCCUGCAGAGGAUGGCAAAAGCAACCAUCACAAGUUCGGAAUAAAAGUGCUACCGGCGUUGGACGGCAUGGUACACAGGAUAGAGAACCAGAACGAGCACAACACGAACUUAGAACGUCGUAACUCGAAGAAAAUGGACGCCGAGGAGAUAUUGUCCAAUUCGAGGAACGUCGUGAUCGCCGGUGAGGUGACACCUGAGGUGAAAAAGACGGUUGAGAAUCUACAACAGAGAGAAAACAAUUUCGACGUUAAUUCGAGGAUGAAGACGGCUGUGGCUACAAGUCUAGGUCCUGAACUGAACGGGAUCGAUGUGCCUGACAAGGGGGAAGAUCAGGGUAGAAUUCCCUCGGAGAUACCGGAAGAAGUUCACAACGCUGCGGUUGCGGCACGCAGGAAUAGGAGAAACAGCGCAGAGCUUUUGAGCCAAUCGAAAACUUUGAACGAGUCGUUCGACGCAGAUGAUACGGCGGACUCGAAGAGCUCCCUGCAGAAGAACAAAAGGAAAGCUCCUGCACCGCCGAAGGAAAAGACUCUGGCACCGGAGCCAGCCCAAUCAGUGAGCAGGAAGGAAACCGUUCAGAGUUCUCCGUUGAACCAUAACAGCGACGGCAGUGGAGACAAGUUCGACAGCAUAACCGAUUACACAGAAUCUUUGAACGACUAUGUGACCAAGGUCCGCGAAACUAUGGACGGGGCCGAAGCACGUCGUGAAAGACUAGCGAACCAGACCUGCCGCCGGAACUCGGAGUCAGACACAGACAGCGAACUCCAGAACAGCUUUACAACCAUCGAAUUGAAUCCGGCAGACAUAACGAUUCAUCAUACUCCGGUGCCAGAAGUCGAUGACGACAUUUAUAGGAAAGCGGCUAGCCUUGGCGACCUUUCGAAAUACGAGAGCAAAGCAACUUCGACCCUGGAAAGAGCGCAGAGUCUCGACAUGACGGAUACUGGAUCGAAAAAACGAAAGGCUCCGCUGCCUCCGGAAGAUAUAAACGAGUCCACUGAGGAUCUGACGAAACUCGACGAUAUGGACACCUUCCAAAGGCGGAAGUUAAAGAAGUCGAACGAAUGGGGAACCUUGGAGGAUGCGAUAUGGGGAAAAGUGGAGUCUGAGGUUCUUGACGAAGAGGCACCAAGGACGAGAAAGAAGAGCAAGGGAACGCUGGAGAGAUCUAAGUCAGCUGUUGAGAUGAAGCCGAAGCAAGACAGUUCGUCGACAGGCUUAAAGCACUUUGACGUUUCAAAUGUAACCGGCGAGACGAGUAUCGAACUGUACAAUUUACCGCUUAGCAAAAAACUGACCUACGAUUUUAUACACGGCGAAAGGAUGUUCAAUCCUGAUCAGGAUAACUCGUUAGCCCGGAUAGUGAACAACGGGGACGUGGUGAAGAGCCCAACCUUCGAGGAGGUCGAACUAGAUUUCAGACAAGCCAAACCUCUCAUCGAUGACGAGAAAGAAGCCAGACUCGAUCUCGAUGAAGCGCUGGAGUAUUUUGACCUGAAGAGAAGUGCCGGGGAGGCAAAAAUUCCGGUUGAAAAUAUUGUGGAAAAAAGAGAAGCUGUGAAAUCGAGCGAGGCUAAGCCAAUUUACUAUUAUAACAACGUCGAAGUUGUUGAAGAGCCGAUGACAAAGACGAUCGUCGAUACUAGCUGUCCUGGCUGCAGACGCGCCCUGAACGGCCACCAGAAUGAAAGUUGCAACAAACACAGUGACAGGCCAGAUAGCAAAAUUCCGGAUAUAAUUCAAACAACAAAUGACAGAGACAAAACGAACUCGUCGUUCGCUAACGAGCAACAAAACUAUCGAACGGAAUCGAACGACGUCAGCGAGAACAGAAGAGCGGACAUUACAUCACCAGUAUUUCAGAUCAAUCGGCAAAAGUUUGAUCCUUUUGAUGUGGCAAAGCCAGCCGCUCCAGCCUCGUCAUUUCACAUACAAAGUACGAAAGUUGAGCCGUUAAACACGGAGGAAAAGAGGGAAUCCGUAUCAACAUUUCAAACAAACCGAACAAAGUUUGAACAGGCCCAAGAUUCCUUGGCCAAGAAGACCAAGAGUGCAGUCGACGCGGGCUUCGAAACUCACUUUGCAAAACGGGUCAUGAAUUUGGCAAACGACAAAGAUGCCAGCGACGCAUUGUCGUUUGAACCUGGCUCUAACGUGACGGUGAACAGCAAAAGCGUUCCGCUGACGAGCGAAGACCGACACAAUAUCAGCAACGUCAGUGUAUCAAGCGGCGAUAUCCGUGAGAGCAGCCCAAUAAAUCCUAGAGAACUCAACCGGCAGGAGUCCGAUACAACGCCACCGCUGCCCAGCACCCCGAUGCCGUUACCCAUACCUCACAAACUGACGUACAUAACGGAGAUAAAGGUGUCAACCAGUCAAGAAAACCUGAACGACAUCGACGGCAAUCACGAUGAGAUAGUUGGGAUGAUGGAGGGUGGUACGGAUUCGAUCAGCAAGCAACCACCUCAGCUUGGGGUGACUGUGACCUCCAAUGGAAAGCCGGUGGCUGGCAAAAAACCGCCCAUACCUCCGCGGAGGUCGGAUGUUGCAAAGCUGGCAAAAGAGGAGCUGGAAAAGCAGGUUGUUUAUGUUUCAGAGUACAAAUCAAGCCCGAGCAAAGACCCUGCAAUCCAAGUUGCCGAGGGUGCUGGGUCCGAGAUGAGUCGGACGUCUGGAGGCAUCGGUAAGAAGUUUGAACAAUGGGUAUUCUUGGGAGAGAACAAGGAUAAUGUGUGGGAGAAUAGCGGUGGACAACCCCAGCCCGUAACGAACAUAGUCCUAACAUCAAACGAGGAUAAAAUGAUACACCAGUAAAACGGUACUGCAGUAUUAGACCGGAUGAUCAUAUGAAGCCUUCCAGGAAGCCCACCUUCUCAUCAUUGCGUUUCCCUCACAAUCUAGCCUUGAGAUUAUCUUAAUUGGCUCGAUCACGAAGUAAAAUAUAAUAUGUCUAAUAGUAAGUUGUGGGCUUUUUUGUAGAUUUAAAGUCAAGUUUUAACUUCGAAACGAAUUUGCCCAACUUUAUAUCGAGUUCUAUCUCGGUCAAUUGACUUUAUGUUUUAUCCUGAAUAUAUGGGAGAAGUUGACGAACGGAAUGGUUAUGAGUUGGAGAAAAGGUAUUGAAUUAUUGUUAGAUGUCGGAAUGGAAAAUGACUAUCUUCCGUUACUAGGAAGGUAAAGAUACGUACCCGAACCUCUCAAGCCACGUGCCAUAAGUACAUAGAAAGAAACGAAGUUCAUGACGGAUUAUGGGUAUAUGAGUAUGAAAAGAGUGCGCAAAUUAUUAUUGGUAUUGUGAUCGUGUGCGGCCUUGUAUAGCGAGUAAGGUUGCAAUGUAUAUGUGAAUGUAUAGGUACGUGUAGAUUUGAAAAAAGAGAGUUAGGUAAUUUAAACAUAUUAAAAUAUAAAACUCGACUAUGAUUGAGUUUUUGUAAAUAAAGGCCAGUGUGUGCAACGCAUGUUAUUGUUUAUCUUUAAGUAUCACAUUACAGGCGAUGCAAAUUUUAUUUGAUCAAAUGUAGAUCGUAAAUAAUAAGUAAUUGAGUAUUGAACAAUAAGGGAGGAGCAGAAAUCUUUAAAAACACAUACUUUUACAACAAAUUUUCUCACCCAUGAAUAAUAUAAGAAAAGUUACUGUACUGUUAUAUUUUUUUAGUGUUUCCUUUUUAAUUUUUAACUAUGAUACAAAAGUCAAGUUCACCUCGAUCAGAUUUAAGUAAGAACGCACACACGGCGUACAAAUAUGUCAACAUUGUAUCAAAUCAAACGAUGCACUGGUUAAUUGUAAUUCGUAUUUAUAAUUGUGGAAGUGCGAUUAAUUCUUGUGAUUACCGUAUAAGAUCUGUGAACUAAUUAUUAAUGUAUACCGUAUUGUACAUACCUACAUCGUAUAUGGGAGAAAAUAUAUACGUCUAGUGUAUGUAUAUUUGCAUCAUAGCUAUAGCUAGUCCUCUGUCAUACAGCCGUUGAGGAAUAUUAAUAAUAAAUAAUCGACUUAGAAAUAUAUUUACGCCUAAGUUUGAGGGGGUCGUAACAUCGGAUCAGCAGGUGCGCGGACGUUACCGAUAAUAGAAUACGUUAUGCAAACAAUUUUAUUUUACUCCUAGUGCAAUAGAAAAUGUGACAAUCACCAGAGAACAGAGAAAGGGAAGCUAGAAGUUUGAAUUUUUUGUUUUAACGAACAAUGAGAUUAAUGGCCGCUACUGCAGACUCUUAAAUAGUUCACUUCCCGACUUGAAUCUUUUUGUACUAUUGUCAAAGCCAGAAAUUGGUGACACUUCAAGUUUCGGUCGUUUCAACGAGAAUCUUAGUUCUUGCAUGAUCGAAAAACAUCUAUAUUACUAUUGUUAUUAUUAUUAUUAUUGCUUUUACAAAUUUUCUAACUACCGAAAAUUUCAAUAAGCGAAUGUACCUAUCAUAUGCUUUGUAAUUUAUUCACGCAGUAUACCCUUCAUGGUGUUUAUUAAUAUGUCCACUUAAAUAAUAUUAUGCCAGAAUUAUACAGAUUUUUUAUAUUUUGUAUAUCGAAUAUGUACCCCUGAUGGUUAAUUUCAAUUAUUUUUGUUACGCGUGUAUAGUAAAUACAGAUAGUAUAAUGGCUGGGUGAAUAUUUGCAAAUAGUAUAACGAGGAAAAACAUUUAUACUGCUAUAUCUUCCAUAACGUAGAUGCGUUGUUGUUAGGCUUUGGAUUCACAUAACGCAUAUAUGUAUGUACAUAUUAUAUAUAUACCGGAAAUUUUUUCGCUUGCGCAUUUUCGUUUUUCUUUUGAAAAACUUCAUGGUGCCACAGAGAGGUUGUUUUCCAAGAACGCAAAUUUGCAUAAUUUCUUUCAAGAGAUUAUAAAGUGACCAGCUUAGACAUUAUUUAAAUAUCACAAUUUAAUAAUGUGUAAGAUUGGUUAUCAGUUCAGUAAAUUUACAUGGGUAUCUUUCACAAGACUUGAUGGUUUUUAACUUGACACAAGCCCGAUUCAGUUUCUUUUGUAAAAUUUGUUCGUCGCAUUGCAUUAUAGCGAAUGAGAAAUUUUUACGAGACUAAAAUAAUAUCGGCUAAUAUGGAAAAUAUUUUCGUACACUUUUUGGAAAGUUAAAAACCAUAAUUAUUUCAGUAAUCUCCAGUUAUGUAAGCGACGAUAAAUACACGUGAAAAAAAAAUUUGUUAGUAUGGGUGUGUAAAUUCUUUUACUGUGAAAAUAAAACUACAUAAGGAUAUGACGAUUUUAUAAGCGUGAAUAACGGAAUGAAAAAAAAGACGGAUGAAUUGUUAUGAUAUUAUACAAUAUUGCAUAUUUUAUUUAAUUUUAUACAAACAUCAUGAUUUAUUAUUAUUAUUAUUAUCAUUGCUUAGUAUGUAACAAAUGUUUGUAUUACAAAAUAAAUAAAUCUCAUUGUUUACAAAAAAAAAAAAAAAAUAAGGAAGACAGCAAUAACAAUUGCAGCGUUAAUGCACCAAAUAUUAUACAUAAUUCAUAAUCCUUCUUACACCUCCAAGUUUUCAAUAACCGAUCAUCUAUGGU